AUGCGGUUAUCGACGAAAGUAAUCGUUCAACGGGUUCAAGACACUUGCGCUCUUCCCAGAGAACAGAUGGCUUUGAAACCGAAGGUGUGGUCGUGCAUGGAAGCGCAGUUGCGCGACCAGGCACUACAGUCUGAGAUCGGUAACGAUUGUAAGACUGCGUGGAUCGAUUUUUCCAAAGCUUAUGACAGUCUGGACCACGACGCGCUCAAGAUUUGUAAUCCAAACGACUUGCACUGCCGGCACGGGAUGGAGAGAGUACCUUCUGAAAUCGCUGGAUAGUUGGAGAACACAACUUGUGCUAUCUGAUGCAGGUAAAGUUGUCUCCGGAAAGCCCUACCCAAUUAAAAGGGGAGUGCUCCAAGGAGACAGUCUGAGUCCCGCGCUAUUCGUCUUAACGACGAGCCCAAUUGUCGCUCACCUUCAGAGAACUUGUCCCACGGGUCGUAUACAGUUGUAUAUGGAUGAUAUUAAACUCUAUGGCAAGACAGAGUCGGACCUGUGUAUGUUAAUAAAAGAAACUCAACGAGGUCGCAAACAAAUUGGGGCUUAA